UACAAGUCCUUCAUGACAAUACUGAUCAUAAUAAAAAUAAUACUACUGAUAAAGUAAAAAAAAACAAACAUAAAAACAAUAAUAAUAAUAAUAAAGAAAUGGUAAUAUUGGCAAUGGAAAAGUAACACUGAUUGAAUUUAUGAUUUCAUGCUUUCUACUUAUGCCAUACUGAACUUAAAUGCUUUGCAGUCUGUAAAUGUACGCAGUUUAUAAAUGUAUUUAACUAAUAAACACUGUGUCCAUUGCAUACUUAAUGACACUUAUCUAAUCCUGACCAAGGUUAAAAUGGACCCAAAACAAAUCUCCCAUGUGAAAACAAAACCAAACCCUGGGGACAGACCUUUCAGCAUUGAGCCAAAUGUGAGGGGCCAGUGGGCCACAAAGAUGGAGUUCAUCCUGGCGGUGGCUGGACAUAUUGUGGGUCUUGGAAACGUUUGGAGAUUUCCCUACCUUUGCUACAAAAAUGGAGGAGGGGUUUUCUUCAUUCCUUAUGUUUUAUUUCUAUUCACCUGUGGCAUUCCACUCUUCUUCCUUGAGACAUCUUUGGGUCAAUUCACCAGCCAGGGUGGAAUAACAUGUUGGAGGAAUAUGUGCCCUCUUUUUGAAGGCCUGGGUUAUGGAAGCCAGGUUGUUGUUUUGUACACCGGGGUGUAUUACAUCGUCAUUCUGGCAUGGACCUUUCUCUACCUGUUUUCAUCCUUCAGAACUGAGCUUCCAUGGGUGAGCUGCAAUAACAGCUGGAACACAGUUGCGUGUUUUGAACAUGGUCACAAUGACACGUCCUCUUUCCACCUGUACGCCAACACGACAUCUUCAGUUGUUCAGUAUUGGGAGAGGAGAAUAUUGGGGCUGUCCGAUGGAAUUGACAACAUCGGAAGUGUUCGUUGGGAUCUGGCUCUUUGUCUGCUUCUUGCUUGGGUGUUGUGUUAUUUCUGCGUCUGGAAUGGAGUUAAAUCAACAGGAAAGGUGGUGUAUUUCACAGCUACAUUUCCAUACGUGAUGCUGGCAGUGCUGCUUGUCCGUGGUCUGACAUUACCAGGAGCAAAAGACGGCAUUCUUUUCUACCUCUACCCUGACCCGUCCCGCCUCGCCGACCCAGAGGUAUGGAUGGACGCAGGCAGCCAAAUUUUCUACUCCUAUGGAGUUUGCACAGGUGUUCUGACAUCUUUGGGAAGUUACAACAAAUACAACAACAACUGUUACAGGGAUUGUAUUUACCUAUGCCUGCUGAACAGUUUAACCAGUUUUGUGGCCGGCUUUGCCAUUUUCUCUGUGCUCGGUUUCAUGGCAAAAGAGCAGAAUGUUGAAAUUUCCAUGGUGGCUGAAUCAGGCCCAGGCUUGGCAUUCAUUGCUUAUCCUCGAGCCGUGGCUUUAAUGCCUCUACCUCAGCUUUGGGCAAUAUUUUUCUUUGUUAUGAUCAUCUUCUUGGGAUUAGAUAGUCAGUUUGUAUAUCAGGAGUCCUUGGUUACAACCAUCUCCGACAUGUAUCCCUCCUUCUUUCAAAAAACCCUUCUACGUAGAUUGCUUCUUCUCACAAUUUGUGCCGGAGGUUUCCUGGUUGGUCUUGUGAUGGUAACUGAGGGAGGCCUUUAUGUUUUCCAGCUGUUUGACUACUACGCCUGCAGCGGGAUGACACUUCUAUUUUUUGCUAUUCUUCAGUCUGUCUGUAUUGGAUGGGUUUAUGGUGCAGAUCGUCACUAUGACAAUGUGAAGGACAUGAUUGGUUAUCGUCCGUGGCCUUUUAUGAAAUACUGUUGGAGGUACAUCACCCCAGCUAUCUGUACCUUCACGUUUCUGUUCUCUGUGAUCAAACACAAACCUUUGAAAUUCAACAACACAUAUGAAUAUCCAUGGUGGGGAUACGCCUUGGGACUAUUCUUCACUCUCUCUUCGACAUUACUUGUUCCGCUGUGGAUGCUGUAUGCUGUGAGCAUCACUCCAGGAACACUGACACAGCGGUUAAAACAUCUCUGCACUCCAGCAAAGAAUGUACCAGCUGGCACAAUAAAGAAAGCAUCAAACCCUGAAGCAUUUCAGUCAUUCACAGACUUCUCCACACUGCGUCCAGCCAAUCAUCCACAGGAAACAGAAAACACGAUUCUGAGGUCAUCCGUAGUUUAAUCAGCCACGUCUGUUUGUCUAGCCCAAAUUAUUCAGGUUCUUGGCAGAUUUAGAUUUAAAAUCUUAAGCAAAGAAGAAGAGUAUCAGCCUUGAAUAAUAGUAAUUUAUCACUCUUUAUUUUUGUUUGAUUAAAAGAAGGCAUGUUAAAAAAAUAUAUACCUUUUUUUAAUAAUCAGUGGAAAUUUUCUGGCACUACAGUACCUAUUCUUACAUUGCUCAUCAGUUAUAAGCAUUCUGGUGAUGAGCUUCAAGUAUAUUACUUAGGAACGCCUCCUUGUGAGCAUCCUAAUCCGUGGCUGUCCAACUCUAGUCCUUGAGUGCUAAAAAGUUACAUUUGAAUUGAAAAAGUAGGUCAUUAGCAUGAACCCAGUAGAACUUGAUGGGAUGGUGCGGAGAUAAAUUGGACCUGGACAAAUUUAAAAGUCGUAGGACUUUGGCUCUGGAGGAGCGGAGUUUGUCACCUUUGGUGGGAUCUUUAGCUAUCUCCACAGAUCCUUCAUCAAAUUCUAGCUCGGAUGCUCUAAAAUGUCAAUAUUACUUAUGGUCAGAACAAAUACACAUAUAAAAUGUGAAUUUUAGUUUAAAUCUAAAUCGGCCAAAUAUAUGAAUUAUUUGGGACUAGAUCUAGCUACAAAUCCGAAGAUGAAAUGUGACAUUAUGGUUUUUGCUGCAAUAAUAGCAAAGUUCAAAUUCUUUGUAAACAAGUGGAUCAAAGGUUAAAACUAAUCCUACCUUCUAGAAAGAUGGCAAACCCCUGGAGCUACUUUUUGAAAUACUCGUUAGUCAAUCACUUGAUUGGGUCUGAAAGUUGAAAUGGAGAAAGUCAGAGUUAUUAAUAUUUCAAGGCAAGGGAAAGCAAAAUAAAAAUAUAUUUUUUAGAAGAGUUAACAGCAUGUGUAAAGAUUUACUGGAGCGUGCUUACAUAAAAAAUUCAAAACUAUGUUAACUUUAUUAAAUCUAAAGAUUCAGUUAAAAAAAGAAUAACACUGUACUCUGUUAGGGUACAGAGGUUUUAGGAAGUGCUUCAAGAGUUACUCUGACUUCCUGUAAGGUUGAUGUGUCAGGGAAGAAAAAGAAAUAAUUGGAAGAAAAUAAAAUCAACUUAAUAUAUUCUUUUUAACUUCAUUUCAAUUAUAUAUUAUGAAGCAAUAAAAGACUUUUCCAAAUGCUAUGUAAAUAUAAAAAGACAAAUGUUCAACCCAGGUUAAAUAUCCUCCAGCACUUUAUUAAACACCAGAAGCUUGCUACAGCAAACCAGCUCUACUCUGACACUUGAAACUGUGGAAAAACUGGCCUGUAGGCAGUUCACAGCUUUAAUCACAGACAGAUUAGAGGGUAAUGUGAAACAAAACUGUUCAGCCAAUUUACACUGUCAUGCCGUGUUGCACCAGGUGCAGCUGGUGCAACAUGAAACCUUUUAAGGAGAUCCAGACUGAGAACUAGUUACUGAGACAACAAGUUCAGUCCAGAUACUAAAUACUGUGGGUAUGAAAUUAUUCAGUACUGGUUACAUACACAGCACACUAUCUUUAUCUGUAUUUCAUUUAUUCCACUGCCAAUGUGGUAAAAAACAAAAAACAG